AUGAAAUCAGACGCGGAAAAGACUAUUGAGCUUCUCGAGGCGACUGAACGAGUGGCAGACAAGAUACUGAUGAACAAGCAGGAGAUUGUUGAGUUGGACAAGAGACGUCAGGCGAACAGAGAGGCUCUGCGGGAAGUGAAGAAAAGCGAUGAGGAAAAGCAUUGGAUCUCUGUGGGAUGUUUACUGGUGCAGAUGACCAGGGAAAAAGCAGCGGCGAUGCUCGAGAAAGAUCAGCGGGUUAUCGAAGAUGAUAUCGAGCGGCUGAGGACAGAACAGAGGAAUCUGGUCAAUGAACUGCGCGACUUGGAGCAUCUCUCGCCGGCCAAGGAGUUUGAUAUUAAGCCACUCGCCAGUCAUGAAUUAUCUGCACUGCAGAACAAUUUACUCAAAUUUCGAUAAUAAAGCGAGGCAAAUGCAAAA